AUGACCGAGAAUUACGAUAUAUUCCGGGAAUGUCUGUCCAAUGCCAUCGUGGCACGAUCAGAAACACCCAAAGUCAAACGCAAAAAAGGCAAACGAAAUGAGCCCACCGCUCAAGCUCCAAUUCCAGCUCCAGAGCGAGUAGACCCGGAAGAGCUCGCCGAAUUUGUCGAUUUCCUUGCCUCAGAAGCAUUCACCACUUUCCCCGAAGCUCUCCAAACCCUCACCUACGCAGCCCUACAACACGACCCAUCUCUCUCCAUCUACGUCGCACAAGACAACGACACACCCCUCCCCCGCCAAACCCUUGAAACAAUCUGCUCCCCCAUCCCCGUCAGCGUCUCUGACUCACUGACAGUCUACGGCAUAAUUCCCGACGCAGCAGACCUUUUGGACUUCCUAUCCCCCGUGCUCACGGAAUACACGAGCAGUGUAACAACCGGACCGCCCGUGUGGGCGAGCACACGCGCAGAUGCCUGUGAGAUCUGCGAGCGGGACUGGAUACCGCUUUCUUAUCACCAUUUGAUUCCGAGGGGCGUUCAUGCGAAGGUUCUAAAGAGGGGUUGGCAUGAUGAGUGGACGCUGAAUAGCGUUGCUUGGCUUUGUCGGGCGUGUCAUAGUUUCGUGCAUCGCAUGGCGAGCAAUGAGGAGCUUGCGAGGCAGUGGUAUACGGUUGAGAAGAUCUGUGAGAGAGAUGAUGUUAUGGAUUGGGCGAAGUGGGUUGGGAGAGUGAGGUGGAAGGCGAAAUAG